AUUCGGUUCCGACUUGGGAGCUCAGGACAGCAGGGAACCGGACUGAUUGAUGGUGAAGUUGCGGAACGAACACCUUGUUAAUUCUUGGACUGAGUACUUCUUUGGGAACAACUAGGGCUGGUCUUUUCUCUUGGAGACCGAGAUCCCGCUGUGCCUUGUCCUUGCUCUAGAAAAGAUAACGGGGGUGAGACCGCUGGGCACUCCUGAGCUCUGGAGACCCUGUGCAGGCCGUCAGCAGGUUUCAAGAUGCUUCGAGUACAGAGGACCAACCUGGGCCCACUAAGGGUCAGCCUCUCCAGAACCCUUCACCACAGAGCCGUCAUGGCCCUCAGACGGGAGGAUGUCAACGCCUGGGAGAGAAGGGCCCCUCUGGCUCCCAAGCAUAUCAAAGGGAUCACCAAUCUGGGAUACAAGGUCUUGAUACAGCCUUCCAAUCGGCGGGCCAUUCAUGAUAAGGAAUACGUCAAAGCUGGUGGCAUUCUUCAGGAGGACAUUUCCGAAGCUUGUCUAAUUUUGGGAGUUAAAAGACCUCCAGAGGAGAAACUAAUGUCCAAGAAAACUUACGCAUUUUUUUCCCACACAAUAAAAGCUCAAGAGGCCAAUAUGAACUUGUUGGAUGAGGUUCUAAAGCAGGAAAUCCGACUUAUCGAUUAUGAGAAAAUGGUGGAUCAUAGAGGGAUACGAAUAGUGGCAUUUGGUCAGUGGGCAGGCGUGGCAGGGAUGAUCAACAUUUUACAUGGAAUGGGUUUAAGGCUUCUUGCUUUGGGACAUCACACACCUUUUAUGCAUCUUGGCAUGGCUCAUAACUACAGGAAUAGCAGCCAGGCCGUGCAAGCUGUCCGUGAUGCUGGCUAUGAAAUAUCACUGGGUUUAAUGCCAAAGUCGAUAGGGCCCUUAACAUUUGUGUUUACAGGGACUGGUAAUGUAUCCAAGGGAGCUCAAGAAAUCUUUAAUGAACUGCCCUGUGAAUAUGUGGAGCCCCAUGAAUUAAAAGAAGUUUCCCAAACUGGAGACCUCAGAAAAGUGUAUGGGACGGUGUUAAGUCGACAUCAUCAUCUUGUCAGGAAAACAGAUGGUGUGUAUGACCCUGUAGAGUAUGACAAACAUCCUGAGCGGUACAUAAGUCGUUUUAAUACUGAUAUUGCACCCUAUACAACUUGUUUAAUUAAUGGAAUCUACUGGGAACAAAACACUCCUCGCCUACUAACCCGCCACGAUGCUCAAAGUCUCUUGGCUCCAGUCAAGUCCUCAGUUGCUGCUGUUGAAGGGUGCCCUGCAUUACCUCACAGACUUGUGGCAAUAUGUGACAUUUCAGCGGACACAGGAGGAUCUAUAGAUUUUAUGACCGAGUGUACUACCAUAGAGCAUCCUUUUUGCAUGUAUGACGCUGACCAGCAUAUUAUUCAUGACAGUGUUGAAGGUUCUGGGAUUCUGAUGUGUUCAAUUGACAAUUUGCCAGCACAACUUCCAAUUGAAGCUACAGAAUACUUUGGAGACAUGCUUUACCCUUAUGUUGAAGAAAUGUUAUUAUCGGAUGCAUCACAGCCUCUUGAAAGUCAGAAUUUUUCUCCUGUGGUGCGAGACGCAGUGAUCACAUCCAAUGGUAUAUUGACUGAUAAAUACAAAUAUAUCCAGAAACUUCGAGAGAGUAGAGAACGGGUUCAGUCACUUUCAAUGAGUACCAAGAAAAAGGUCUUGGUUCUUGGAUCUGGCUAUGUCUCUGGACCUGUGUUAGAAUACCUGUCAAGAGACAGAAACAUAGAAAUAACAGUAGGCUCUGACAUGACAAAUCAAAUAAAGCAGUUAAGUAAGAAAUAUAAUAUCAAUCCUGUUAGCAUGAACAUUUGUAAACAAGAAGAAAAGUUGGACCUCUUGGUGGCAACACAGGAUCUUGUCAUCAGCUUGUUACCUUAUGUGUUGCAUCCUGUUGUGGCCAAGGCAUGCAUCGCAAACAAAGUUAACAUGAUCACUGCAAGCUACAUCACACCAGCGCUAAAAGAAUUGGAAAAAAGCGUGGAGGAUGCUGGAAUCACCAUCAUUGGUGAAUUGGGAUUGGACCCUGGACUUGAUCACAUGUUGGCAAUGGAAACAAUUGAUAAGGCCAAAGAAGUGGGAGCCACGAUUGAAUCUUACAUUUCCUACUGUGGUGGGCUCCCAGCCCCUGAACAUUCAGACAACCCUUUGAGAUACAAAUUUAGCUGGAGUCCAGUGGGUGUUUUGAUGAAUAUCAUGCAGCCUGCUACCUAUCUGCUCAAUGGAAAGGUCAUGAACGUCGCAGGAGGGGUCUCCUUUCUGGACGCGGUCACUUCCAUGGAUUACUUCCCAGGACUGAAUCUGGAAGGCUAUCCCAACAGAGACAGUACCAGAUAUGCUGAGAUCUACGGCAUUCCAUCUGCCCACACGCUGCUGAGGGGGACACUGAGGUAUAAGGGAUAUUCAAAAGCUUUGAAUGGAUUUGUAAAAUUGGGUCUGAUAAAUAGAGAGGAAUAUCCUGCCCUUCGACCUGAGGCCAACCCUCUCACAUGGAAACAACUCCUCUGUGACCUCAUUGGAAUUUCACGCUUCUCUACAUGUGAUGUGCUUAAGGAAGCUGUUCUUGAGAAAUUGGGAGGGGACCUGACUCAGCUGGAGGCUGCCGAAUGGUUGGGCUUACUUGGGGAGGAUCAAGUCCCCCAGGCUGAUUCCAUUGUGGACGCACUCUCCAAGCAUUUGGCCUUGAAGCUCUCCUAUGGUCCUGAAGAAAAAGACAUGAUUGUGAUGAGAGACAGCUUUGGAAUCAGACAUCCUUCUGGACAUUUAGAAACGAAAACUAUUGAUCUUGUGGUUUAUGGAGACUUUAAUGGCUUUUCAGCAAUGGCUAAAACUGUGGGGUUUCCCACUGCCAUGGCAGCCAAAAUGUUGCUUGAUGGUGAAAUUGAAGCCAAAGGCUUGAUGGGGCCCUUCUCAAAGGAGAUCUAUGGGCCAAUAUUGGAGCGGAUUAAAGCAGAAGGCAUUAUAUAUACUACACAGAGUACAAUUAAGCUAUAAUUGGGAAUUGUAUUAUUUUUAUCUUCCCAAGAAACACAGCUCUCAACAUUUGUGUGACAAACAUGACUAUAAAUAUGCUAUUUUAUAAAGUAUAAAGCAUGAUAUAUUUUGAUUAAGCUAAUACAAUGGCUUUUGAAAUGCAAGUCUCUAUUUUAAUAUGAAUUUUUUUAGAAUAGAAUGUUAGUCAUUACCAGAGAAAUUUAAUAAUUCUGCCAUGUACUUUUUCAUAUGUGUGUAAAAGGGAUAAUGAUCACACUGUUAAUUUAUUAUGCUUCCUUUUUCUUAUAAGAAUAUAUUUUCCUAUGAUCAGCCAUGAAAUUUUACUGUUUUAGUCAGAAAAAUUCCUCAUGUAGUUAUAUUUUUAUAUUUUUAAAAUUGUUAGAGGGGCUGGGGAGAUAGCUCAGUCGGUAGAGUGCUUGCCUUGUAAGCACAAGGCCCUGGGUUCGAUCCCCAGCACCCCCCCCCCCAAAAAAAAGAAAGAAAAUUGAUUGUUAGAUAUCUUUAGAUUUCUUAUCUACAAACCUUUUAAAAGAUGCUAUUUCAUGCCUUUUUUGUAAAGUUAUGAUUUAUUCAGUGAAUGUCAUUUUUUAGUAGGUUUCUCUUGAGUGUUUGGAGAAAGAAAUAGAUGAGAUUAAAUCACAAUCCACAUUGAUCCCUUCAUUAGGCACAGAAAAUUUAUUUAACAAAAUCCAACACCCUUUCAUAAUAAACACACACAUACAUACUAGUAAUAGAAGGGCACUGCCUCUACCUGAUAAAAGAUAUUUUUUAAAAACUCACAGCUUGUAUCAUGUUUAAUGGUGAAAGACUGAAUGAUUUCCCCCUAACAUCAGAAAUCAGACAAGGGUACUUACUUUUACUACUACUAUUCAAACUGUACUGGAGGGUCGAAUCAGGGCAAUUAGGCAAGAAAAUAAAUAAAAGACAUCUAGAUGGCAAAAGAAGAAGUAAACUCUAUUUGUGGAUGCUAUGACCUCAGGCAUAGAAAUCUAAAGGAAAUUCAGAGAAAAUCCAAAGACUUACUCAAAACAAAACAAAAAAUUAUCAUUAAUAAAUGAAUUCAGUAAAGUUGCAGGACACAAGAAUAUCAUGCAGAAAUUGAUUGUAUUUCUAUAAAGCUUCAACAAAUUCACCAAAAAUGAUGAUAGGAAAACCAUUUCAACAGCAUCAAAAAGAAUAAAGUAGUACUAGAGUUGAGAGUCCAGAAAUGAUGCCUACAUUUUGAUUUUCUGAAAAAGGUGCUAAGACAAUUCAAUAGAGGAAAAAUAUUCCUUUUCAUCAAAUGGUGAUUAGAAAUGUGGAUUUCCGCUUGCAGAUAAUGAAGUUGGAACUCUACCUCACACCACACACACAAAUUGACUAAAAAUGAACUUAAGGCCUGAGUAUUAAGAACUAUCACAGUAAAAGUCUUAGAAGAAAACAGAAUUAAACCUUUGUGAUUUUAGUUAGCAAUUGCUUCUUUUUUUUUAUUGUAAACAAAUGGGAUACAUGUUGUUUCUCUGUUUGUACAUGGCGUAAAGGCAUACCAUUUGUGUAAUCAUAAAUUUACAUAGGGUAA